GAGGCUCCAGCUCGGCAGCUCAUCGCAGCGCGAAACACGAAAGGCAGGGCAACGACGCUUUGACAGUCCCGGGCUCGCUGACUCGGACUCGUUCAAUUGUCCUUGUCUGGGGCCCAGCGGGAGUUUUACCCUCGAGAUUGACCUGUGUUUCCGCAGCGAGCAAUGCCCGUCGAGUAGUUCAGUCUUGUUACCUGCUGCGUGCUGCCUGCUGCGGCCCGGGACCUGUCGCAUUGCGCUGCACAACUUUCGACCUCUUCGUCCAGGUCGUUCGACCUCAUCGUCGCCGCCAAUCCCGUUUCCCGGUCACCUCCGGGAUCCUGACCACGCUGCGAAAGCACGCUGCGAAAGAUGCCGCUGCUGGACGCCCGCGAGAUCCUCGCCUUCCCGGGCGGCGACAACUCGAGCGACACCGUCAUCGGCAACGUGCACUUCAACCUGACGACCCUCCAGCACUGGAACUACACGCUCUACUCCAAUGGCACGCUGUCCAACGGCUCGUGGUGUCUGCUGACCUUCGAGCCCUACACGCCCGCGCUCGUCCUACCCAACGGCACCUUCAUCAACGUGACCUGGUGCUGGUCGCCCACCGAGCCCAUUGGCGUCCGCGGCGGCGUCGCCAUCGCCUACGCCGUGCUCUUCGGCAUCGCCCUCGUCCUGAUCCUCGUCAACCUCAAGAAGCAUGGCAGGCUGCACCUGCCCACCGAGAAGCGCUUCUUCCCCAUCGGCCGGCGGUGGCAGUGGUACUGGUCCUCCUGGGUCUGCGCCACCGCCGUCAUCAGUCUGCUCACCUCCAUCGAUGUCGACCGCUAUUUCCUCCCGGAGCUGCCCAUCGUUCUCACCAGCUUCUUCUGGUUCCUGAUGCAGUGGGGCGUCAUGGCCGUCGUCUGGGAGGCCGUGCGCCACUGGGGCAGUUGGAUGGAACGCCAGUUCAUCGACCCAGAUCCCUUCGUCCUGCGGAACGACGACCGGAGAUCCAAGGUCGAGUUCUACCUGCCGCUGGUCUUCUACCUCUUUCUCUGGCUGAACUUCUUCAUGAUCGUACCUCGCAAUUGGACCGGCAUCGAGCUCCAACGCUACCCUCAGCAGGUCAUUGACGACGCUGCACCCACCGCCACAGACGCCCGCUUCAAGACCGCCGCCUUCAUGCUCGCCGUGUGCUGGCUGAUAACCGUCUUCUCAUUGUGGCACUCGAUCAAGCACUACUGCCCGCGCAACCGCGGCGCCUUCAACCGGCUCAGGGGCCUCGUCCGCUACACGCCGCUCCGCUUCAUGCUCCUCCUUCCCCUCGCCGCCGUCAUCCCGGCCUACCAGGCCCUGGUGGCGUGGUACUUUGACUACAGCCCGCUCAAGGUCGGCGGCCCCUUGGCGUCCAUCUACGCGGGCGCAUACACACCAACGCUCCUCAUCCUGUAUGUUCAGAUCCUGUUUGGCUUCUUCAAUCCCAACGAAGACCUCGAACUGCAGCGCCAGCGCCGGGUCCGGGCCCAGGAACUCGACCGCGAGAUGGGCAUCGUGCAUAAGCCUUCGUGGUGGCGCCGCGUCAACGGCGAACAUCUCGAUCCCAACGAGAGCAUGCGUGACCGCCUGGCCCGCAACGUCCGCGAGAUCCACGGGACCAAGCGGUCCGCGCCGGACGCUGAGGUAACUCUCAGCCCUCCUGCCGGUGCGCCUGCCACUUCGGUGGAGAUGACGCCGGUCUCUCCACCACCGCCCUCGGCUCCCUACUCAAGUCGGUCUGAGCGACGGCGGCAGGAGCGCGCCAUGGAGCUCGCCGCCGGCGUGCUGUUCUCCGGCGCACCCGAGCAGUCCGCUGCUACGGCCGCUCGAAGACGCGAAGAAUUGAUGAUGGAUGGACCCCCGCCGCCCUCCUACCGCGAUACGGUGGAGAACAUCCGGGCAGCCCCAGCCUCGAACGUGGCCAGGAGCAUCAGCGCCGAGUCGUCAAGCUCGACGAACCAUCCGCCCCAGCAGAUUAGGAGUAUGCUGGAUGUUUGAAGGGGGGGCAAUCUGCAGAUGAAGUUGGGAUUAUUCAACAGUAGGACUCGCUGGUGAUCCCGCCAGUCGCUGAGCUUAGGCCUUCCUUCUCCGGAGAACGACAGCCGAUCGUGCCUCGGCCUUGACAGCGGCUCCUGAGCGGGCGGAGCGGAAC